CUUAAAAGUUUACUAGAAUAAAAAUAUAAUUAAGUCACUUAAAUUAAUUGUUUACCAAGCCGAUUUACAAAAUAAAAAGAUAAAUGUGAAAUACAAAUUCACGCGACUUCUCGCGUUUUUUACUGUUAAUGCGCGUGAGCUCAAGUAAAUAAGCUAAGGCGAGCGUAUCACGUUACAAUAACGUCAAAAACAUAUCCACAACUCUUAUAUAAGUCAAUUUUUUUAUUUUAAACGGUAAAAAAAAAUCCAGUACGUACUUAUUUAUCUGCGCCAUCUACAGCAGCAUUAUAAUAUCAGGAGAAUGAAUGAGCCAGAGGGGCAAGAGUACAGCUACAGAAGAGACUUAUCCGAAGGGUCUCUGGUCCCCUUACACCACACCCAUGGAAGUCCUAGAGAUGCAAAUCUAUUCAGUCAUGGGAUGCAUUCAGGACCGGGAUACUCCAGGAUGGAAGAAGCCCUGCAGGAGGAUGACUACACCACUUACAGGAUUCUUCAUCCUCUAACAUGUGAUCCUAUGCCUCCUGUAGCCCACUUUAGCUCAGCGUCCUAUUCUGAAUACUUGCUGCCACCGCCAAGCCAUUAUCAGCACGCAUUAGGCCAACCGUACAGCUCCAUUAGAAGCCCAUGGCCAUCCCAGGAGGCUUUUCAUUAUGGCAUUUCAUCAGGAGAGAUCUGUCGAGCUGUCGCCACUAUCAGCUCUGAUGGUGCAGAUGAUUACAGUAUGGAGGGUUAUUCUGCACACCAAGGAUUCAUACAUGUUAAUAGAAAUCAGCCACAUGGUCUUCUUGUGUCACCUCAUGACCAGCACAAGCUGGAGGAGAAGCUUCCAGCUCAGACGUCCAGUAUUUGUCAGAUGUUACAGCCCGUGCAGGUUGUGUGUGACGUGAGCGGUGGAGGGCAGGUCGUCGUGUUGAACCAUUGCAGUCCGGAUCAGAUUCCUCACUCUAUGAUGACGGAUCUUGACACACAGUCUCUGCCUAAGCUGUCAGUCCAGAGCUGCUCUACUGAGGACCAGUUACCUCAUGCAUCAGAUACCGGACAUUCAGAGACAUUCACUGGGCAGCCUCAGACCCACAAGACAUCUGCAGGUGUGACGUUCAACCUCACGCCAGGACCUUAUGCUUCACAGUUUCAUCAGACACUUUGCCCUACUCAGACUGUAGAACAGGAAGAGGAGGGUCAGACUAAAGGAUGUGGACGGUACAAGUGUCAUUACUGUAAAACCUCACAUCUCACGCUUAUUCCUGACAACUGCCUUAUCAUUUUUAUAAAACAGUUUCAACUAUGGCAUAACUGUUCUUUUUUUAUUAGUGUGAAGUGGGAAAAAUCAAAGCGGCCAUGCAACUGCACAAAAUCUCAGUGUCUGAAACUUUAUUGUGAAUGUUUUGCGAACGGAGAGGUCUGCAACAACUGCAAAUGCGUAAACUGCUACAAUAAUACUGAGCAUGACUUAGAGAGAUCCCAGGCUAUAAAGGCCUGUCUGGAGAGGAAUCCAGGGGCUUUUCGGCCUAAGAUUGGCAGUAGGAAACAGGGGAAUGUGAAGGGACGUCACACAAAAGGCUGCAACUGCAAGCGUUCAGGCUGCCUGAAGAACUACUGCGAGUGUUAUGAGGCUAAAAUCAUGUGCACAUCCACCUGUAAGUGUGUGGGCUGCCGAAACUAUGAGGAAAGCCCUUCGAAGAAGAGAUCAGAGCGGGACAGGCCAGACUCCAGCAUCUACUACCCGACCAGGUGUCCUCUGGCGUGCAUCACGCCCGAUGUAGUGGAAGCCACAUGCGGCUGUCUUCUCGCCCAGGCUGAAGAGGCAGAGAAGGAAGGGUACAUUUCAGCUCACGCUGAGAGAAUGAUUUUGGAGGAGUUCGGCCAGUGCCUGACGCAGAUCGUCCGAUCGAUAUUCAAAUCCACCAACGUGCAAUUUAAUGUGUAGCUCGGGAACAAAUGCUCACUGUUGUGAUUGAUCCAGAUGGGAUGGUUACCAACAAGUGUUUUUGUUUUUGUUUUCUUUAAAUGUUAAGAGAUGCUUUAAUAGCACAUUUUAUUUAUUUAUUUAUUUGUAUUUAUUUAUUUAUUUCAAUCUAAAUGCUGAGUUAUUUAAUUUUGAUACAAAAUGACAAUAAUUUAUAUGUAUUUUUUUCUUUUUUUAUUUCCAUUCAUUCCCACCAUAUCACAUCCACAAUUUAAUUGAACAUUGUAUUUAUAUAUUUAAAUAUACAUGUUAUUUAAAUAUUAUUUAUUUUUUACUAUUUUUUAUAUAUUAUUUCAGUUUAUUUGUUUCUAUUCAUUCCCACCACUUUACAUUCUUGUGAUUUUAAUUGACCAUUUUAUUUAUAUUUAAAUAUAUUAUUAAAAUAUUAUUUAAAUUCUAUUAAAAAAAAAACAAAUAUGUAAAUAUACCAUUUUUUAUUUGUAGUUUGUUGAGAAUAUCUUAAAUCAUCUAAAGCCAAAGCAAAACAAAAAAAACAUUUUUUUAAACCAUUUAAGCAGAAGCAAUGUUUACAUGUUUUUUUUCCAUGUUGUUCCGGAAUGUUUUUUUGCUGUUCUAAAAUUUAAGUUCUCAUGUCAGGGAAUUUUUGUCAGGUUGUAUGUGCAGUCAUUUCCGUGCGUUACAAAUUUAGUGGCAUUUUUAUUUUGUCAUUUGCAGUUGUGUUUAUGUAAUGGAGCUGUCACUGUGUUUAUGCAUCAGCAACUUUUUUUCUCUCUGUUACAUAAACUGAUUGACAUCUUGA